UCCCGAUUUUCCUCAUCACCGCACAACCUCUCCCGAUCCCCUUCCCUUGCGUUGUCUUCUCAUCUCUCCCUCUCGCAACGGCGCACCGCGCUACCCUGAUUCGCACCCGACCGUCAGCCAGGCCGACUUUCUCCUCCCUCUCCUCCCUCAACGUCGGCCUCGACCAGGAGCCUAGCCGACUUGUCCAUCGCUGUCCCCUUUGAGCAGCCCUUUCCUUCCCCGACGCCAAUGCCACGAGGGAGCUGGUAGCCGACGGCCGAGCACCCCAUCUUCCUUGUCAUCGAUAUUGCACCACCGCCUCCUAUCGAUUCCCUCCCUCGAUCGUACGGUGCCACCCGAUUUCCGUCAGCCUUGUCGCGUGACACCUAUUGGCCGACGCCAUCGACGCCGCUGUUGAUGCUUGCUGCCAGUGGUGGUGGGAGCUGCUGUUGGCCCUCUUCGGCCGCGGGUAAAGUAGCCGCAGCCACCAGACUUUCUGCUCCGGUCAUUACUUUAUCUGUGGAGUUUUGCUAGAUCUUCUUGGAUCUAAUAUGAGGCAUCAGUGGUGAGUCUCCGACAGAAUCAAGUUGUUGGAUCAACCCUUGAAGCUCCACCAGGUUAUCUCUUUCCGGCAGCAACUUUCCCACCAGCGUGUCUUCAUUUGGGGCAUUUGGAAUUGGAGGUCAUGAUCAUAAGAGGCAAGGAUAAGGGUGAGACAGGUAUCAUCAAACGUGUCAUUAGAUGAUCUCAGAACAGAGUCAUUGUUGAAUCCAGGAACCAAAUCGCAUCUCUCUCCCAAGCUCGGAUGCCUGGAUAAUUCUUCUCCGACAGUAAAAAAGAAUGAACCAAAUGUGGUGGAAUGCUGUCCAACUUGACAAUAAUUCACUCGAUCCAGUAAACAUGCUUGGAGAAGCCGGGGCCAAACUGGAAGCAAAUUUUUGUAACCUCAGUGAAGUGGUGGUUGUGGUUUUACUAUGUUUGGUCCCUCAACUGUUCUCUCAACGGAAGGCAUGAAACAGUGGACAGAUCAGUCUAUUGGAUGGCAGGAUAUGAUGUAUGACUCACUUGACACAACAAAUAGUAUGAAGCAUUUAGUGGCAAGGCGGGAACCCCCUUGGAAGGUUGAUAGUGAAUCUUCUGGCAUUUCCACUAAGCUUAAACUUCUUGAAGAAGAAUUGGUUUACCUGGAAAAAGUCGGGACUGGAGAUUUGUCCAAAAUAACUUCAUUGAUGAGGAAGCAAGCAAAGAGAUAUCAAUCUCUUGCUGGAAAAGUUGAAGCUUUAUGUAGGAAAAUGAGAAUGAAUGAGCCCUGCGACCCGACCCUAACUCCAGAGUUCCGAACCCAACGACAGACUGAGUUCUUGCUCGAAGCAUUUCACCUGCAGAAUUGUGCAUCGGAAACAAGACAAAAGCUGAGUUCAGUGCAAGCAGAGUCAAUAAGAAGGCCAUUAGGAGAUGGGUUGACAGCAGAAGCUAAAUCAAGUGCAAGAAAAUCAUUGGACUCGGUGAGGAACAAGUUCAAGGAGAUUCAGAGGAGCUUAGAGAUUUGGUUAGCAAGAACCAUGGGGGAUUUGGAGGGGAUUCUGGCAAGAGAUGGCGCGAAAGAGAGUACUGCUUGUCGCAGUUCCCCUUUGUAUAUUGAGUUCCAUCAACCUUGUAUUUCUAGUUUGCUACUUUAGUUUUCUUUUCUGCCUCGUUAGUUUUGAGUUGUGCCUCGUUGCUACUUGCAAUAAUUAUUCAUCCUUAGAAAAUAAUAUCAUCCUUAUAUAA